AUGGCAACUCCUCUAAGGAAGAGACUAAUGUGGGACUUCAAGAGACUGCAGAAAGACCCACCCGUUGGGAUAAGUGGAGCUCCACAAGAUAACAGUAUCAUGCAUUGGAACGCUCUCAUCUUUGGAUCUGACGACAGUCCAUGGGAUGGAGUUUACGCUGAUGGAAGCAUUUGCUUGGAUAUCUUACAAAACCAAUGGAGCCCAAUAUACGACGUUGCUGCAAUUCUCACAUCGAUACAGUACAGUCUCUGCUAUGUGACCCAAACCCUAAUUCGCCAGCAAACUCGGAGGCUGCAAGGUUGUUCAGUGAGAACAAGCGAGAGUAUAACAGGAAAGUAA